CCGCGAUCUGUUCCAAGCUGUUGAGUCGUUUCCCCUGGGGGUUCCUCCUCUUCUCUCUCUCUCUUCCUCUCUCUCUCCCCUUUCCUCCCCUAUCCUCUCUCGUCCCCACUCACACCUUCGUUCGAUCAAACUGCAAUCCAUAAGCUAGAGACGUUCUUCUACGUGUCCCACGGGGAAAAGCUUCGCUAAGCCUGAUAAUUCAAUCUCCCAUUGCAGUACCGGAUCCCUCACACCCCCUUCAACCGAAAUCACCACCACCACUGCCACCACCGCUUAUCACUCGCUCCUCGUCUCCGACUCAUUGUUACGAACUGGCCCCGCAACCUGGACACGCAAACCUCUAGAACAAACAGCCAACGGUGCUACGGAGAAUCGAUAACCAAGGGUUAAAUCCGCUCCUUCUCUCCACUAGGGCAUCGGCUUCCAACACCUGGUUAUCCGUUCUCUGUAAUCACUUCUCGAACCGCAGUUUCGGGGAGUUACUGCUCGCUACCUCCCUCGAGCUCAACUGAGCUCUUCUCUGAACGAGUUUCCUUAUCGUCGAUCCGUAAGUCUCACCGUGGCUUGAUGCCUCCGAAUCUCCCUUUGAGUGUUUAGGUGGAUAUAUAUAUAUAUAUAUAUGUGCACACACACGCACGUUUUCUCAGGGGCAGCAGGAAAAAUGGUUCAAGAUAAAGUGAAGAGGGAAAGGCAUAUUGGAGCAUAAUUACUGACUGAGUAAUGGAUCCAAUAUAGUUCACAGCAACAUUUCUCAUGCGUUCAUAAGUUUUCACUCUUUUCUUUUCCUUCUCAAACCCACACGGCAACUGCCCACGACGUCCCUUUUCGGACUUCUCUUCUCAAACCCAGGAACGUACUCGCCUAUAUGCGUCUGAAGUUACCGGUCUAAACAUUGUGAUUUCCUUUCGUUCUUGAUCCUACAACCCAACACAAACUCCUCACCAUCCCCACUAUUCAAUCAGAUCUGAGUAUCUGUCUCAGGCCUAGAGAAUCUCGUUCUCUAAAUCCCCAGGUUUGGUACCUCAGCGAGGAACAUUCCACCCGUGUGUAUGACCAAAAAAGCGAUUUCCUCAAUCCGCCAAUAGACUGUUCUGGAUUUCUGCGCAGACUCGAUCGACCUUCGAGCCCUAAAAACCUAUUACUACUACUACUAUACUGCAUUCAUCUAUACUUUAAUCCUUAAAACAACAAGCCAAUUACCACUCGCCCCUCAAAUCCAAUCAACCUAGCCGAAUUCCCGAUGGAGUGCAUGAGAAAUUCGUUCCAGGAGGGUGUCCUUCUUGAUGGGUAUGUAUUGUUUGUUUGUUUGUUUGGGCCACUGUUGAGGAGUCGUGCUGACGAUGGCUUGGAUAACUAGGCGUUUCAAGUCGGUUAGACUCCUCAAUCAUGGCUCAUUCGGAAUGGUCUCCUUGGCCAAGGACACCCAGUCUGGAGAGAUGGUCGCCAUCAAGUGCCUUACUAAACCCAACUCGGAAGCAGCAGCAACCACUGAGUUUGCUAUUGAUGAGCUUUCUCAGGAGUACGAGUUCCAUUCCCGAGUCGGCAACCAUCCAAACAUCGUCAACCUGAUUCAUUCCUUUGAGACUGAAAGUCAUAUGUUUCUCGUGCUUGAAUAUUGUCCUAAUGGUGAUCUCUAUGAGGCCAUCCGUCUUGGGCGUGGCCCCUUGGAGACCGAACAUGUCAGGGACUUCAUGUUGCAGCUGGUGGCUGCUGUGGAGCACAUGCAUUUCAGGGGUGUCUACCAUCGCGAUCUUAAGCCUGAGAAUAUCUUCUUGAGCCAAUCUGGGCUGAUGAAGCUUGGUGAUUUCGGUUUGGCAACCAUGGAUGAGUGGACUGAUGAGUCAGCUGUCGGAAGCGACCGUUACAUGGCACCGGAACAGUAUGACUCGGUUGGUGGAUAUUCGCCUGAGAAAGCGGAUGUCUGGGCUGUAGGAAUCUGUCUUUUGAAUGUUCUCUUUGCUCGCAAUCCGUUUGUUGUGCCCGCAGAAGGUGACCCUCUGUUUGCCGAUUAUGUUUUGGACAGGGAGUCCCUUUUCGACAUCUUUCCGACCUUGUCAUAUGAUACCUAUGACGUCCUUUCUUAUUGUCUAGCCCUCGACCCUAACAAGCGCUCACUUGCUGGGGUUCGUGACGCCAUUGAGCGAGUCGUGUAUUGGACCACUGAUGAAGAGGGUUUGGAUGAUGACUUCUGCUCUGAGGACAGAGAAGUCGUCCCUGCCCCUGCCAACCGCGAACCUCUUCGCACACCAUCUGUCCAGAGCCCUCAGAUUGCCCAGGGUGGCUCUUUCCCGUGGGCACAGGCCCUUCACAUGACACCCCAGCCCCGCCAACUUUCUGUCAUUCACGAUCAGGAGGAGCCGACCAUUUACAGCGAGGGUAUGUUUGCUAACGACCCUGAUCGUUAUGCAAAGGAUAUGGGCUAUUAUGUUCCUGUUACUCCAUCACUCGACUCCGGUCUUGGUGCUUCUUUCACCAUUGAAGAUCAUUUCAGGCCGCAAAUCGAAAAGAUUCCAAUCAAGGCAUCUCUCGUUACCGAGGAGGCGAAUGCUUUUGGUAUGCACUUUCAACAACACAUCGGGUCCGUCUCUAAGUCCUGGAGUGAUUGGGUCAUUGAAGACGAGGAGGAAGAAGAGCGUGAGCGUGCUGAAAGGGAAAAGGAGCUCAAGCGUAGAAGCUGGAGUUACGAAUCCGACCAUGGGUACGCUGAUGACGAUGGGUACGAUGUUGAGUGGGUCGGAGGGGGGUGGGAAGAUUUGGCGGUCUGAUUUCUUCCUUUCACCUUAGUGAUAUUGAGUUCACGAGUCUGCCAUUGGGCUGGAUCAAUUUCUGCUGCGUUUAUUAUUAUUUUUUGAUACCAGGCAUUAUGGUGGGACAUGAUAACCGUGAGCGAAGGUGUUAGAGCAUUCCUGCUUGAGUAAGAGUUUUUUUUUUUUUUUUUUUCUGUUUGUCUAACCUGUGGUUGUGGGGUUUAUGUCGGGUUGACAAACAUUUUGUAACUAUUGGGAUUUGCUCCCGACAUAUUCGAAAUACCCUGACCUUAUAUACGGGUUUUCUUGCAUAUAUUUUUACCAUUCCGUUUUCUGUAUACUUUUUACCCUUUUCGCUGUCUAUUCCCUCCCCGUUUCCUUGUGUCGAUCUACCUCGCAUUUGCGCAACUCUACUCUUUUUAGCCCUUCUUUUUUAUGUUCCUUCCCUUCGACUUCAUCUGUUGGUAUUUUGGGGGUUUGCCUUUUUUCUUUCUCCCUUGGGUGGUGUUGACUUUUUUUCCGGCUUUGGGUGGCUCUGGAUGACGAUGGUGUUUCACUUUCAUACCCUUUCCUUUCCUUUCCUUUCCUUCCCUUGCAUUCUAUGACAAAAAUUAACGAAAAAAGACUUUGUACGGUUGGGACAGACUUGGGGGUUUGUAUGGGGUUGGUGUUUUUGUGGCUUUUCGAUCUCACUUUUAUCUUCAACUAGGUUCGGUGAAGAUUUGUGUUAUUAUUCGGAUACUUGCUUCUUUGUUGGCGGUUGAUUCUUGGUUGCUUUCUAACUUUUUACUCGGGGGUUUCGGAGGUAUACUUCAUGUAGCAUCUUUUUUUGCUUCUCACGAUGGAGUUUUAGUUGAAGGGGCGGGGGUGCGCGGUGGCUAGUUUUUUUUUUUUUUUUUUUUUUCAGAUUGGAGAGGCAAGUUUUUAUUGUCGAGGCAUGGCAAAGUGGAGUAGCAUAGAUCUGGUGUGUUGUGCUGGGUUUUUCUCUUCUCUAUCUGUCUAUAGCUGCGGGUUUUUUCGAUCCUCUUUUUUUGUACCCGUCUGAAGCUGGCUUGCCGUUGGAAAGAGCUUCAUCUCUUUGCCAUUCAACUGGUCUUUGGAGAAGAAAAAAAAGAGUCUGGAGAGGCAAUAUAAAUGUGAGAGAUUUUUAUUCUCUUCAAACAAUUGAUAUUUUACCCAACAAGCCUACCGUAGUGUGUUGAUUUUUCAUAUCGGAAAUUUGACAGCAAUUCUGUUUCACCUAUCACAACAGCUUACUCGAUCGGGCUACAGGUAUUCGUAAGUUAUCUUAUUAACAUUCUAGCCCCUGGAGCUAAACUUUCCACUUGUCCUCUUCCUCCUGGGUCGGCUUUUUGUUAUGGCCUUGGCCAUUGGCCCCCUGAAUGUUUAAAGCGAUCGAACCACCAGCCACCAUGCUCGAGUAAGCGACUUGGCUCACCAUAAUCUCCCCAAGGAAACGGAGACGCUCCCGCCUCCGUUUGCAUCAACCUAGCCUACCGGUAGUCACUAGUACUCGAGUAUAGUGACCAAAACAAAACAAAACAAAGCAAAACAAAAAGAGGGAAAAAAACAAGGAAAAAAACAAACAAAAAAAGUGACCACCUAUCAUUAUCAAACCCUUCACCGUUUCCUAUUGGUCCACAGGAUCAAUUGAAUGCACUCAUAGCACAUUAUAAGUACGAGUAGACUGCUGGUAACAACCCCACGAACAGCAUACGGUACUGUACGAGUACUUAUUAUGUUACAAGUAUCACAGCUUCCCCGGUGGCCGCCUGGCCGGGAAGUAGUAAGUACGAGUACUCGAGUACACAUAGUAGACCAGACUACCGUAGACUAACCGUAUCCUACCACACCAUAUCAUAUCAUAUCAUAUCAUAACUCGGUGUCGAAUUAGUAGGCUACGGUUCCCGGAUUGCGGGAGUUUUUUGUUUUCGGGCAAG